UGAAAAUUUUCAAGUCUAACAUAUUAUAUAAUAUGACAUAUAUUCAUAUAACAUAUUAUAAUAUGUCUAAGACGGGUGCGACAUAUGUCAAAGAUUAUAUAUUUAACAGCCGAUAGCGACAGCAGAUACAUCGCGUUUCGGAUUUUGGCUAAAAUUAUCUCAUUUAUUAAUUUAGGACUUAGCGAUCCUGAAAAUCUAUGAAUGAUUUGUAAAACGCAGUUAUAGGUGGUAUUGCGUAUAUGCGCAUUAUUUUCUUGGAAAAUUGAUUGAUUUAAAAUUUAAAGAACCAGGUUUUGAAGAUUACACAAUUUUAUUUGUAAUUAUAAUGCGUUUUCCACGUGUUGUCUAUAAAUAUGGUUAAAGAAGAAUGCUUACUGUAGAGACCGAAAAAAAGAUCCUGCGUAAUGUGACGGGGCACUUCGAAUCGGGGAAACUCACAGCAAUAAUCGGUCCUUCUGGCGCGGGAAAGACCACCCUGCUGAAAGUCGUGUCGGGCGAACGAUUGACCGACCUUAAGGGCAUUGUCACCAUAAACGGCGUUGAACGGGACAGGGGAAUGUUCCGCAAACAGGUAGAUUUCUGACACGUGAAAUUCACCAUAUAUGAAAGUGCUCGACAGUUACAACAUUGUGAGAACUUGGGCGUUAUAAAACAGGUUUGCAGCAAAUUCACUCAUUCAUUUCGCCUUGUGAAAGUGACCGGCUCGCGGCUGUCGUUCUGCUAGACUCAACAAACUACAGUGCUACAAGAUCAGUCAACGUUCAUAAUCGUCGUAGCACGACGCUAUGCCGACCGUGUACGAUUGAUAAAGAAUUCGAUGAUCAUCGCGUAUCACGCAUCUCGUAUGCCCAGUACGCAAACGCCGGUUCUUCAAUUAAUCAGUUGACGGCGAACGGCUGCUAAUUUUACUAAGUGUUCGGCAAGAUGCUGGAAGCGAGCGGCGCAGCGAAAAUGCUGGACGACGACUCCUGUAAGAUCAAUUUGCAGGAGUCGGAAAAAUUGCUAGGACCCGGAAAAUCGUGGAACUCGCAGAUGUGCAUCGAAUUCAGCGAUCUCUGUUAUUCAAUUCGUCGCAACCGCAAAGGCAAGAACAUUUCAUCAUCGUCCCACAUAUUUCUGAAAGUUGCGAUUUUGCGUUCUCGAUAUCCUAACACAAUUUACUCGUACGCUUCGUAAUAUCUUUAGACAGCUUUAGAUAGCUGUAUAAAAAAGAACUCAUCGAAUCAUUUGAUUGAUAUAGCAACGUAAGCGCACGUCAUUACAUUACAAUUGUAGUACCUGUCACACAAAUAUAAUACGUAUGUUGUCUCGAUUUGAGCGCUAAACACCAAUCCGUCUGAUGAUUUCGUGUAUUUACGUAUUGAUAUGUUUAUUAAAUUCGUCCAAUCGUAAAUUCGCGCGUAAAUCAUCAUUUUUAACGUUUGUGAGUUUUCAGCGCACAAAUAUCAUCUAUAUGUCGCAACAUUUUAACUGAAAUUUAACCAUAAGAUAAAUACAGCUUAAUAUUUUAAAAUGUGAUGUACGUACACCAUUAUGUAUUUAUGUUUAAGCUAAGUGCGAAAAUAUUAGCAAAGUGAGAAGAUAUUGAAACUUAUUCAGCAAUCUGUUUUUAAAACUUAUAGAGAUUCGGCAUCCCUACACCACUGAACUUACAUCCGGUUCUAGUCGUUUAUCUCCAGUUAUAUUAUGAGUCAGAUUAAAAAAGAAACUGACACAAUUAAUUUAAAGCUUAAACCAAGAUUUAGAUUCUAAUUUCGCAAUAGAAUAAAUAAUAAAGCUAUAGAUUAUACAUUGACGUAUGUACGUGUCCGCGUUUGUAGUUAUUUUGAUCGAGAUAACGAAAUUUUACGUAGAUUACAAAAGAUUACGUAUGUUAAUUAUCAAAUUUUUUAUAUUAGCAUGUAUGAACAAGUAACUAAUACAACUUUGUUAAUUUCCUAAAUAGAGCUAAUGUUAUGAUCGUACUAGAAAAAUGUUUAGAAAAGCAUAUUAUUUUAUAAGCCGAAAGAAGAGCUGAAUGUCUUUAUAUAAAUUAAUUAAAAAUAAUGACGUAAAUAAUUUAUUUAAAAAUAAAAUAAAAAUGUCAUUAUAAGUUAUGAAUGU